GCAGUAAUCGUCCGGUAUUUGACGCAGUGCGUUGUUAAUUUUCACGAUUGAAAUCCAAAAACCGUUUGUAGUAGUCAUCAAGACUCCUCGAGUGUUGCAUAGGCCCCCGAAAGUCUCUAUAACUGUUUCGAGAAUCAGUCUCAUCACGCUUAUCACCGAAAACUCGAGAAAAAAGUGUAAAAAUUCCAAGAAAGAAAAGAACAGGGAAAAAGAGGUUGGAACAGUUUCGUUAGGGAGGGAACGCUUGGCGCGUUACGGCGAUAGACCGAAACAUUGACAUUGUGCGCGGUGCGCUGAAGAGGGGACAACGAGAGGAGAGUGUCGGCCAUUUUGGCGUGUCAGUGUGUUUCUCGUUACGUUCUCCUGUGGCUUUCUGAAUACUACGCUCGUUAAUCGCCAUCGGUGUACAUCCUUCACGAGAAUAAUCGAACUACAACACUGUUUCCGAGAUGAUGACCGAAACGCAUAUUAAUUCCAAUCACAUGUUGAAUUCGGGUCUGAGCAGUAAGACAGACCUUGAGAAGAUGGACGAUGUAGGCUGGAAAGCAAAGCUUAAAAUUCCACCAAAAGACAAGCGCAUCAAGACAAGUGAUGUUACAAACACACGUGGUAACGAUUUCGAAGAAUUCUGCCUGAAGCGAGAACUUCUGAUGGGAAUAUUCGAGAAAGGAUGGGAGAAACCAUCACCAAUUCAAGAAGCCAGUAUACCAAUUGCCCUGUCGGGCAAAGAUAUUCUGGCUCGUGCCAAGAACGGUACGGGAAAGACUGGAGCUUACUCAAUUCCAGUAUUGGAACAGGUUGACGCCAAGAGAGACGUUAUUCAAGCAUUAGUCAUAGUGCCCACCAGAGAAUUAGCAUUACAAACAUCUCAAAUCUGUAUUGAACUUGCUAAACACAUGGAUGUUAAAGUUAUGGUGACAACUGGUGGAACUAACCUGCGCGACGACAUUAUGAGGAUUUACCAAAAAGUUCAAGUGAUUAUUGCAACACCAGGUCGUAUUCUCGAUCUAAUGGAUAAAAAUGUCGCUAACAUGGAUCAGUGCAGAAUUUUGGUACUCGACGAGGCUGACAAACUCCUAUCACAAGACUUCAAAGGCAUGUUGGAUCAUGUUAUUUCCAGAUUACCCCAGGAACGACAGAUAUUGCUGUAUUCAGCCACGUUUCCCCUGACUGUUAAACAAUUCAUGGAAAAACAUCUGAGAGAUCCAUACGAGAUUAACUUGAUGGAGGAGUUGACGCUCAAGGGUGUCACACAGUACUACGCCUUUGUUCAGGAACGCCAGAAAGUCCACUGCCUGAAUACGUUAUUUUCAAAACUCCAAAUAACACAGAGUAUUAUAUUCUGCAAUUCGACGCAGCGAGUUGAACUGUUGGCCAAGAAAAUUACAGAUUUGGGGUAUUGCUGCUAUUACAUUCAUGCCAAAAUGGCACAAGCACACAGAAAUCGUGUGUUCCAUGAUUUCCGAGCUGGCCUAUGCCGAAAUUUGGUAAGCAGCGAUUUGUUCACGCGCGGUAUUGACGUCCAGGCUGUGAACGUUGUUAUAAACUUUGAUUUUCCAAAAAUGGCUGAGACCUAUCUCCACCGUAUCGGUCGCUCUGGCAGAUUUGGUCACUUGGGUAUUGCCAUUAAUCUGAUAACAUACGAGGAUCGUUUCAAUCUCCAUCGUAUUGAGUCUGAGCUUGGUACUGAGAUCAAGCCAAUUCCGAAAGUGAUAGAUCCAAGCUUAUAUGUUGCACGACCAGACGACAACAACAGUGCAGAGGAAGGUAAUGUGUCGAAGUAGUUUGUUUCAACGAUUAAACGAAGAACAUUGGGAAAAACCAGAAUCGCAAAUUUUGCAUCAACUAAACACCCAUAAAUACAUUAAAUUAAAAAACCUUAAAAAAUAAAAAAAAAUGAUUGAAGCAGUACCGGAGGAGGAGGAGGAGGAGAAGUGUUUUUUUUUCUGGUGACUCGUACAUACUAUGGCAUUAAUCCUCGAUUACUUCGAACACGAACACGUGAAAUAGUGAAAACAAAAUAAUAAUUAAAGUACCAACAAAACUGGAAUAAACGUUACUUAAGUCUGAUAAAACGUCUCAAUGGGGUGUGCGUGCUUGUAGCCAGUGUAAAAAGACAGUUCAAGUGCUAAAUAACAAAACGCAAAGGAAGACUCAGUCUACAAGAGGAAACAAAAAAAAAACCUGGAGAAAUUGAAAUUCGCAGUUGUUCACUUCUUCUUCAUUUAAAUGAAUGAGAGGGAGAUAAUGAAGCGUAGACGUGUGAAUUUUUUUUUUGUAAAUAUUACGAUUAAACCGAGAAGAAUUAAUCACAUCAACUGAAGUCGGUUUGAUCGAGAGACUCAUUUCGAAAGAAAAUAUAGGAAAAACAAAACUAUAUGUUGAAAUUAAUUCGAUGAAUUCAGUGACUGAAGUGUGAGCGUGUGCCGGUGCGAGUCAUUCAUUUUCUGUAAAUAGACAGCAAUAACGUUUAAAUGUAUAUAAUUGAUAAUUAGUCAGAGUCAAGCCAUUAUCAAGAGCACAAUGCGUCGGAAGGGGGAGGAGGGGGGGAAAUAUUUCAUGUGGAAAUUGAUCGAAUUGAUACAGUGGAAGAAUUAUUCUUAUGGAGGAAUUUAAAAUUAAUGAAUUUAUUGCAUUUUAUUUGUGUACAUAUAGCAUGAAAAAAAAUAUUGAGAGGUUUUACGGGGGGAAUGAACGUUUUGAUACUGAGGGCCUCGUUCUUUAUUAAAUUGUGGGGUUCAAUUCAUUUGGGGGUGGGUGAAAUUUCAGGAAAGUCGGAGGAUGACAUUGAGGGCUUUAUUGUCGCGGUAAUGAUGGAGCUCCGGGAGAAAUGUCAGGAUAUGUUCGUAAGGGAUAGUCUCUUCUGUAAAAUAUAGCCAACGGUAUUUUUCUCAAAACUCCCUCAUUAUGAAGAUAAUUCCAUAGCUUAUGAAAGGAUUUUAUGGAAUUUGGGAAAUUUACAGGGUCAUUUCGUCCGGAAAGCUGCGAUUUAUCUCGACGUUGCAGGCUUUUGGGGGAAAAUGUUGCGAGACAUUUUUUGUGGGAAAUUUUCUCAGCUGCAAAAAAGGUUCAGAGGCACUUUGACCCAAAGGCCGUCGUUGUCGAGAUAAUCGUGAAAUUGUGAAUUUGGAUUUCUAAAGUUUUUCCACUGCUCAAAUGAUUUGAUAAAACGGGAUAUUAAGACGUUGAUUUUCUCUCGGCCUGUUCAAUUUUCAUUAAUUCACUUCAUUCGCAGAGAAAAAUAAUUUUUUUUUUCAUUAAUGAAAUCGUUAAGUUUAACGUUUUCAAAUUUAUCAUAAAACUGUAAAAUAAACCAAACGUAUGUAUAGUUCGAUUGUGGCUUGAUUUUGCAAUCUCAAUACGGUCAUGAAUACAACUCUGAAAAUCCGAUCACGAAAAUCCAAAAAAAAUUACGACCGAGAUAAAAAAAAAGUUUUUUUUUUGUUUUUUCCAUCCAAAAAAAUGUUAUAAACUUUUUUUGUUUCUUUCUUUUCCCAGUUUAUUCCGCAUUUUUUACCUCGAAUGUAAUUGGAGACACUUUUUUUUAAUGGUACUGUGAUUGAGCAUCAGAGGGUUGUAAAAUUGACUAGUUUUAUACAAUUAUUUUUAUAACCGAUUUGGCUGAUGGGCUUCGUGGGCUCUGUGGAGGAUCGUAAAUACAGAAAAAAAAAUAUUGAAUGCUUUUAAUUUAUAAUUAAAAUGCUGUUAUUGUUCACGAAGGAGAUUUCGAUUGUCCCGGAUGUUUUCAUGAUUUUUUUCACUGAAUUAAUUGACACUCCAAAUGAAAAUUAUGAGGCAAAAGAGAAAUGAAGAAAACGUGAAAGUAUUUGUACAAAACAUGGUGCUGUGAUGUUUUUCUCCACUAUUGCAAGACCCAGUAUCAAUCAUUGUCUCCAUACAUGAGUACUUGAUGAUAACUAAACCUCAGAAGUACUCGAAUGAUAGUUAAAAUCAAAUUAAAAGAGUGAAAUCAGUGAUGAAGUGGGUAAUAACAAAAACCGAACAAUUACACUAUUCCUAAAUUGGGAUUAUCUUGAAGGCCGGUGGGUUUCUCAAAAAUGUGAGAUGUUAUUUUUUAGGGAACAUUUGAUUUUCUAAAGAAAAGUUCGUAACACAUUUUCUCUUAAAAUCACUUCUUUACAACAUAAUUACAAUAUCAACAUGCAGAGUUUGAAAAUAUGAACCUCACCCCUUCAUUACUGAUGAACGCGCGUUAAAAAUCGAAAUGUAAUCAAUUACGAUCCUGCACACCUACGAAACACAUAUAUAACAUCACGUAUACCUUUUUUUCACUCUACGAAAAUCGCAAGAACAUAAUAAAACAAUUAAAACUAGCGAUAAAACCUGAAAUAUCGUAAAUCGACGAAAAACCACUCCAUAAGACAUUUAUUGUAAAUGUGAACAUGUGAGUGAUGCUUGUGGGUGUGUGAAGUAACCUCCCAAUCCUCAAGAGAAUUCUUUGUAAUAUAACCGGGCCAAAAAAAAACCAAUAAGAAAGUGGCAGUCGAGCAAAUGUGAGAAAAAUUCGAUAGAAAAAGGGGAAAAAUGGUUUUUAAACAAUUCUCUCUAUCAGAAAUAAUCCUGAGGUUUCCAUUUCUUGGAACAUCUGCCGAGUGUUAAAAAUAAUUUUUUUUAAGUUAUCGGGAGAGAAUUAAAUCAUUUCCUCAAACUUCACGAGUGAAAAAUGGAAAACAUGAAAAUAACGAAAAAAACCAUUUGCAAAUGUAUCUUUUUUUUAUUCACAAUAAUCUUGGGUGAACCGACUGAUGAGUGCUGGUAGAUCCAUGCCACUAUGUGUAAAUUAUAGUCCAACGUAUUAAUUGCUAUUGCAAAGGAAAAUGCAACAAAAAUAUAUAUUAUAUAUAAAUAAAGAAGAAUGAAGAAAUUGUGUCCAUCGACUUCUCACUUUGGGAAAGUCUGUAAAGUUGAAUUAAAUGCCCUUCAUUCUUUAUUUAUUGAAGAUGAUGAUUGUGUUCGUUACACUUAUAUUUGAGUGAAGAGAGUCGAAUUAUAUGAAAUGGAUUAUAAUGAAAUGGUAAAACACCUGGAAAUAAUAGAAAGGGGCAUUUUUAUUCUGAUUGAAAUGUAGAUUAACCGGUGAUAAUAUUUUCCAUUGUGGUGUUUAGGUUUAUAUAAAUGAUUGUGAAGUAUGAUGAUUGAUUGAUCAUCUGAUGAUGAGCUUGAAAAAUUGAAGAACUUGUGGUAAUAGAACAGAAUGGAAAAUAAGUCAACCAAAAAGUAGCAACUGUAGUUGUAAUUGCAGUUUUAUCAUUUUUACUAUUCAAUUGAUUAGAUUCGUUGGGGAUUACGAUUUUCUUCGAAUUAUUAUUUCUUACGAUCCAAGGGAGUUAAGGUGAUUCAGGGGCUCGAUGGGUUGUCGUUAAUUUCUGCACAGAUUUAUUGGGGAUGUCUUGAAAUUUCUGUUUUUGGGCUCUUGUAGACCGAACAGUUGCAGUCUCGGGGGAUUGACGGACCCAUCGGGGAGAGAUUUUUUUUUCGCGUUGGAGAUAACAUCGUGGUUGAGGCGAUGGCAGAGAGUGGAAACGUUUAAUAACAAAGUUUUUCUGGGGGAAGUGGUAAAUUUUGGGGUAACUCGCUUAAUAAUGGGGUUAAGAAAAAAUGUAAUAAUACUGUUUGUGGAGAAUUUCAAGAGUUACGAAAAAGGUCCCACCACAUUUUUCGAUUAAUUGAGCCGCUAUUGACAUAGUUACGGAAUAACUAAUUACGGAAUUGCAAGUUCGAAUCGAGAGAAGAGAAAAAAGUGGCGGGAUUUUAAUGCGAAUCUCGGACAUUAUUGGGCUUAUAGAAAAGUGUGCUGAGAUCAUUUUUGGAGCUCUUGAUAUUGUCGACGAAAAAUUUCUAGCGACAUUUUCUGUUACAGCGCUUAUUUACAGAGAUAUCUGAGGAUUAAGGGAGUGCGAAUUUUAGGAGUAAUUUUCUUUUGGGGUUUUAUCACUUCCCUUUAGAUUUAAAGUCAUCGAAUUUAAUUCCCAAUAUUUGGGACAGUGUGUCAUUGCUUCUGCGCAUGUCCACUCGUUAUACUUUAUAUUUUCAACCGUGUAAUGUAAACGAAUCGAUUUUAUAGAGUGCAGGGGAGAGGGCUGGAGGUGAAUUAAAAGGAAAAAAAAGUUGUGUAAAACAGAAACAAGUGUUAGAGUCUUUGAGUGAGUCGAGAAGUUGAAACUUUAAAAGUCUCUGGAGUUACCUCGACGAAUGUUUUAUUCGCCUCCCUGUGAUCUCUCCCCCCUUUUGCAGUUUGUAAAAUGAAUUCGUAGUUUGUAGGACGAGUGGAGGUAGAGAACGUUUCUACAUUGGUGUUGGAUAAUUGAGAUUAUUUCGGGAACUAGUGGGUUUAGGGGAAAAUCACUCAGGACAUUUUUGUACCUGAGAAACAUUCCCACAGAAAGAUCUAGUGACAUUUUCCUGUAGGGGCAAUCGAGCUCAAAUUAAUUGCCGAUUUAAGUUUGACGACAGAUGUAUUGAGGAAAUAAUUGCUCGGCUAUCUUGAUUACGAGUGAUUUUACAGAAAAGUGUUUCUAGGUCUUUUUUGUAGCUGAGAAAAUUUCCCACGGAAUACUCAUUUUACAUUUUUUUCUUAGAGCGAUAGUUCCCGAGAUAAUUGAAACGUCAAUGCAAAAUGUUCUCUUGUUUACAGAAGUAAUUUUAUUUAAUUGUUAAUUACAAUCGUAAAAGGGUAAUUAACGUUGCUCUGUUGCUCGCGAGGCGAGUGAUAUUUCAUCUAGCGUGGAGUUGAAGAUUUUAAACAUCUGAGAAAAGUAAAAUCGAUGAUUGGAAUUGAAUUGAGGCCUUGAAACCAUCUCAAGGCACCGGCAGAAAUACCCAGGGUUUGGUGAUUGUGUCGAGUCUUUAAAGAAUAUAUCUUUGAAAAAUCGAAGGGAUAAGAUGAGUGCGAAGGAGGGGGAUGAAAUAGGGGUUCAUGUUGGCCGGGACGUGGGAUUAAAGGAAACUGAAGUCAAUGGUUGAAAUUUCAGGCAUUACUCUCGGAAAGUUCAACUGAUUCUUCAGUUUCGAUCGAAAAAAAAAAUGACAAAAAAAUGUAAAAAAAAAAUUAUGAAAUAAGGAAAAAAUCCGUUCAAAGUCAAUUUAUCAUUCUACUCAAUUUUUGGCCCAAUUUUGUCCACUUUUUUGCUGUCAAAACAUUGUUAAUUGGAUAAUUUAAUCAUUCACAGAUCCACGUCGCUCAUUAGUCUUGUUUUUCUUUCAUUAUUUAACGGCAUAAUUAAUUGAAUUGUUAAUUAAUGACUGAAUGAGACAGACAACUGUUGAAUAACGCGACGGUUUGGAAUUUAAAAUUGUUUUGGAAUUUAAUAUUGAUUUUCAUUGAUUAAAUUCAGACACUUCGCGAGAACGUCUCCUAUUAAUGAAAUUAAUGAAUGAGUGGAAUAAAACAGUAAAUUGAACUUUUAUUGCAAUUUAUUUGAUAAUAUUCAAGUAAAAAGAAUCGAAAAAAAAGAUUUGAAAAUUCAGGGGAGAUAUAUUCAAACCGAUUUUCCAAUCGAUUGAAACGAAAUUGAAGAAUAUGAAGAUAUUUGAAAAAUUGUAAAGAAUGGGUUUUUGCACAUCUGCAGCUCAAAAAAUUGAUGAUAUCCGCUAAAAGAAGUUGGAAAAAUUUCUUGUGAUAGAACAACUGCAAAUAAAACUCCAAAAUUCGAGAAAUAUUUUUACUGAUGAAUCAUUUUGAGAUGUGCAAACUCAUUCUGUGAGGAUCCACUGUCAAAUUUACACAAAAUUUUCAAGGGUUGAUGACAUUUUCAUCGACUCCUCAAUAAAAAUUCUAAUUGGAGUACAGCAUAAAAAAAAAUAAAAA